AUGCUGCCCUCCUGGACCCUCGGCCUUCUCCUGCUGGCCACUGUCAGAGGGAAAGAGGUCUGCUAUGAACCCUUUGGCUGCUUUUCCAAUGAUAAACCUUGGGCAGGGACCCUUCAGCGGCCUUUAAAGAUAUUUCCCUGGUCUCCAGAAGACAUUGGCACCCGUUUUCUUCUGCACACAAAUGAAAAUCCGGACAACUACCAAGUAAGACUGAUCACUGCUGACCCAAACACCAUUGAUGCUUCAAAUUUCCGACUGGACCGCAAGACACGCUUCAUUAUCCACGGCUUCAUAGACAAGGGGGAGGAGAACUGGCUGCCGGACACGUGCAGGAAAAUGUUUCAAGUGGAGGAGGUGAACUGCAUCUGUGUGGAUUGGAGGAGAGGGUCGCGCACCACAUACACACAAGCGGUCCACAACACUCGGGUCGUGGGGGCGGAGAUCGCUUACCUAGUCCAAGUGCUUUCGACGCAGCUGGACUACAGCCCCGAGGACGUGCAUCUCAUCGGCCACAGCCUGGGCGCGCACAUAGCCGCGGAGGCGGGCAGGAGGCUGGGGGGCCACGUGGGCCGGAUCACAGGGCUGGAUCCAGCAGAGCCAUGUUUCCAGGGCACACCUGAGGAGGUUCGGCUGGACCCAUCGGACGCCAUGUUUGUGGAUGUGAUUCACACGGAUAUUGCUCCCAUAGUCCCUUUCCUAGGUUUUGGAAUGAGCCAAAAGGUGGGCCAUCUGGAUUUCUUUCCAAAUGGAGGAAGGCAAAUGCCUGGAUGUCAGAAAAAUAUCCUUUCAACCAUCGUUGAUAUAGAUGGACUAUGGGAAGGAACCCGCAACUUUGCAGCUUGCAACCACCUACGAAGCUACAAGUAUUAUGGAAGCAGCAUCCUCAACCCCGACGGCUUCCUGGGCUACCCCUGUGCUUCCUAUGACGAGUUCCAGAAGGAUGGCUGUUUCCCUUGUCCAUCUGGAGGAUGUCCCAAAAUGGGGCACUAUGCUGACCAAUUUAAGGGGAAAACCAGCGCUGUGGAACAAACCUUUUUUCUGAAUACAGGAGACAGUGGUAACUUUACCCGUUGGAGAUAUAAGGUAUCAGUCACACUAUCUGGACAAAAGAAAGUGAGCGGGCACAUCAGGAUUGCUCUGUAUGGAAGUAACGGAAACACAGAACAAUAUGAGGUGUUCAAGGGAUCCCUCAAACCAGAUGCAAUCCACGUGCGUGACAUUGAUGUGAAGCUCAAUGUUGGAGAAAUCCAGAAGGUUAAGUUCCUCUGGAACAACAACGUGAUAAAUCUCUUCCGGCCCACACUAGGAGCUUCCCGAAUCACAGUGCAAAGUGGUGAAGAUGGCACUGAGUAUAAUUUCUGCAGCAGCGACACUGUGGGAGAAGACGUCUUACAAUCUCUUUACCCUUGCUAA